UGCAGAAAAUUCGUACUUCAUACUUCAUAAAAUUGCUGGAUUCCCUUCGAUUUACUACUACCCUUCACGCUGCUUCACCAUUCCUUCAUUCACCAUGCGCAUCUUCCACGGUUCACCAUGUGCUUACAGCCCCGCAGCACAAAUCCUAGACGGGAAGGAAUACCACGGCGUCCUUGUACGAUGACUAGAAGCUUAUCGAAUGCAUCACAGAGAAAGUUGUGCUUCGGAUUUAGUGCCAAGCAUACCUACAGGAGCAUGUGCUCGAAGCUUUGCAACUCCUGGAUCUCAAAGGCUCGGUUUCCCAUUUUUGAGAUUCGAUCUUAUGGCAAUGACCUCUCACCUCGCACCAUACCUUGAGAAUGAUACCUUCAACACCGCUUUAGAAUACUUCUUGAGAUUAUAGGUUUCGGCGUCAUCCUCUGGGCUAGUCACGUGUUGCCCAUCUGGCGAGAGCGCAGGUAGAGGCACCGAUGGCUCCGUCUCCAAUAGUUGUGGCUCCUAGUCAAAAUUGGGCUGGUAAUGACGGUCCAUGGUCUUCUUUUGAGAUUCAAGUCGGGACUCCUGCCCAGAACCUGCAAGUUUUCAUCUCAACGUCUGUCUAUCAGACCCUAGUCGUCGCCCCAGAAGGAUGUAUCUCUUUCGAUCCAUCGAACUGCGCAGUACUUCGCGGAGGCGAGUUCUACCUCAAUGCUUCAUCAACAUGGUCAACAAAUACGGCGAACCUUUCAAGUAACAUCUACCCUCUCCUGGUCGAUACCCAGCUGGGCUACAACGGUCGAGCUGAGCUGGGAUUUGAUGUUGUUACGCUUGGUUGGAAAGGCUCGGGUGGUCCGACUUUGCAAAAUCAGACUGUUGGCGGAUUUGCGGCGAAAGACACUUACCUGGGGCUGUUCGGUAUCUCUCCUCGGGCAAGCAACUUUACAACCUUCGACAAUCCCAUACCAAGCUAUGUGCAGAAUCUUCGCAAUCAGUCGUUGAUCCCAAGUAUAUCUUGGGCAUACACAGCUGGCAAUCAAUAUCGGCUGGAUCAAGUCCUAGGCAGCUUGGUUCUUGGCGGUUACGACAAAUCGAAAUUGGUUGAAAACGAUGUUACUUGGACUUUCAACUCUGAGGAUUCUCAAGAUCUUACCGUGCAAAUCGAGUCAAUCAUUGUCUCGGAUUCGACAAAGAACACUUCCUUGUUGCCCUCUCCGAUUCCUUCUUUCUUGGACUCUUCAUUACCGUACAUCUGGCUCCCCGUUGAAGCUUGUAAGCUAUUUGAAAAAGCUUUCAACUUAGUCUGGGACAAUGUCACUGAGCUAUAUCUCGUCAACGAUACACAACACGACAUACUGCAAGCACAGAAUGCCAGUCUUACGUUCACCCUCGGAAAUCUAACAGCUGGGGUCUCUGUCAACAUCACCCUCCCGUACGCUGCAUUCGAUUUGACUGCGUCAUCUCCCCUCGUCACGAACACGUCUCGUUACUUUCCGUUGAAACGCGCCGCCAACGAUUCACAGUAUGUUUUGGGUCGAACAUUCUUCCAGGAGGCAUACGUAAUUGCCGACUACGAACGCGGGAAUUUCUCUGUGUCACAGUGCAACUGGGAUGCGGAAGCUUCACAGGAAAUUGUUCCUAUAUAUCCACCAGGCGCCAAUGGAUCAUUGACCGCUUUCCCAAAGGAGUCAUCCUCAUCGAAGCAUAACUCACUCAUAGUCGAUUUACCGGCUGGAGUAGGUGCUGGUAUUAUAGUGACAAUGCUCGUCCUCUUGGCCAUUCACUAUGGAAGGACCAAAAAGCUACAAAGACUCGAAGAACACACAACUCGGGAUGAGACAAGAUCACCACCUAUCGGUUUAGAGUAUCGGGGUCUGAAGCCAGAGCUGCAUGCAGAAGAGAUAUUGCGUCCACAAGAAUUGGAAGCAGAAAAGUCUCAAUGGGUCGUGGAAGCUGAUGGACAUGAGCGGCAGAUCUUUGAAUUGUCAGCCAGAGAAGAGCCUUUUGCCGAGCUUGAAGAAGCUAGAAAUUAACGAGGCUGCUUUCGAUACAAAUAUUCUCGUAACAAAGAUUCCAAACAACUCUACCUUGUAGAAGCUGAGGGUAUACGGCUAGCCUAGGAUGAGCCAUAUUCAAAGCUUCGAAACAAGAGUACCGCCUUUUCUAGGCGCCUCCCUCGCUCUUGUAUCGAUGACCGACAACUCAACUAAGGUCCCUUGAUAGCCCGAGAAAUAUUUCUCGGGCUUUGGGGUGAUCCAUCGAAAGUACUUUAAUAAAAAUUUCAAGAUCGUCAGCGUCUUGAGUCUGGAAGUUUACUGCGACUUUGAAGAGAGUCCGUUCUGGUAGUCGCCACUCCCUAUCUCCUCGAUUACUUCUUUGAUUUCCUUAAAUGUUCAGAAUUUCAGCUCGUAUUCUUGAAUAUCACUCUCAAUCGCUUAUACCAAC